AUGUGGAAAUGGUGCGGAGGUGUGUUUGGUGUUUAUACAGAUAAAGUGAAGUCAGUGUCAGUGAUGGAGGGAGAUUCUGUCACUUUACACACUGAUGAUACUGAAAUACAAGAUAAAGAUGAGAUCGACUGGUGGUUUGAAUCUGAAACUCAAGGCUUUCUCAAGAUUGGAGUCUUCUCUACAUCUGAUGAUGUUCUUGGUGGGAGAUUCAGAGGUCGACUGCAUGUGAACCAUCAGACUGGAGAUCUCACCAUCACAAACAUCACAACUGAACACGCUGGAUUUUAUCAAGUAAUCAUUACAGGAUAUAGGCGGACAAUAAAUACAUUCAGUGUCACAGUUUCUGCUCGUCUGCCGGUUCCUGUGAUCAUCAGAGACUCUUCUCAAUGUUCUUCAAGCUCUAAAUGUGUGUUGGUGUGUUCAGUGGUGAAUGUGACACAGGUGACUCUCUCCUGGUACAAAGGAAACAGUUUAUUGUCCUCCAUCAGUGUGUCUGAUCUCAACAGAAGUCUCUCUCUGGAGGUGGAAUAUCAGGAGAACAACAUCUACAGCUGUGUGAUCAACAAUCCCAUCAGAAACCAGACUAAACAUCUCAACAUUACUGAAGUCUGUCAGCCGUGUUCAGACUACAUCCGUGGUUGUGGUUGUGGUUUCACUGAAGCUGUGAUCCGAUUGGUCAUCUCUGGUCUGGUGGCCAUGGCUACUGUUGCUGUGCUGGUUUAUGACAUCAGAUCUAAAAGUGUUGGACAGAAGAUGAGAGAGCAGACAUCAUCACUCAAGUAAAUAACUGAUGAAUAUGAUAUUCAAUCAUCAGG